AUAUAUAUACCCGCACACACAUUUGUAAUUAUGAUUUCCAAUUCGUAAAUAUUUGAAGAGCGCCAUGGGAGAGAAAGAAAACCUGGCGCCAAGUGCAGUGGGCUCUGUUGCAGUGCAGAAACCGCCGCACUUCGUGCUCGUUCAUGGCAUAAGUGGAGGAGGAUGGUGCUGGUACAAAAUCAGGUGCUUAAUGGAGAAUUCUGGCUUCAAAGUCACCUGUAUUGAUCUCAAAGGCGCUGGAAUUGAUUUAUCCGAUCCGAAUUCCGUCGUCAAAUUCGACGAUUACAAUAAGCCUCUCCUCGAUUUCGUCUCCAGUCUACCGGAAAACGAACAGAUCAUUCUGGUUGGACAUAGCGCCGGAGGAUUAAGUGUUACUCAAGCAACGCUCAAAUUCGCAAAGAAAAUCCGUUUGGCGGUGUAUGUGGCGGCGACGAUGCUGAGAUUUGGUUUCCAGACUGAUCAAGAUAUCAAAAACGGAGUGCCAGAUUUAUCCGAGUUUGGGGAUGCUUACGACGUAGGAUUUGGACAAGGACCCCAACAACCUCCGACCACUGCUGUCGUCAAAAGGGAACUCCAGCGAAAGAUCAUCUAUCACAUGAGUCCCCACGAGGAUUCGACACUGGCCUCCAUGCUAUUGAGGCCAGGGCCAAUCCUCGCAUUAAGGACCGCUCGGUUUAGGGAGGAGAACGGCGAGCUGGAUAGGGUGAAACGAGUGUAUAUAAGAACAACGUACGAUCGAGUAAUAAAACCAGAGCAACAAGAGGCGAUGAUAAGGGAAUGGCUACCCGAAAUCGUAUAUGAAAUGGAUACUGAUCACAGCCCCUUUUUCUCCAACCCCUCUCUGCUCUUUGGCUUGCUCGUAAAAGCUGCUGCAGCUGCUGCCGCCUCCUCAACGGCGGCAUGUAACUAAACAAGGGGAGGGAGAGGGCAUUUUUCAUUUUCACACUCUUUCUCUCUCUUAUGCUAAAAUAAGAACAUCUGAAAAUUCUUGUGAUUCAACAAUAAAACUACAAUUAUAUAGUGCUUCGUAAUUGUUUCAAA